GAGGAACCCGCCUCGGUAUCGCGAGAGCUCCGCGCCGCCAUCUUGGGGGCUGAGGCGGCCGCCGGUCACCGGGACGCAGCGGUCGUCGGCCCGGCGCCAUGUUGUCCCGCCUCGUCCUCAGCGCCGCCCCAGCCCUGCUGAGGAGCCUGCGGCCCGCCGCCUCCGUGGGCGUGCUGCAUGUUGUGAGGCCGAUUCAUACCAGUCAGCAGCGUUCGGCUCCGGUGCCUCCUUUGCCUGAGAAGGGAGGAGAAGUACGGCAUGGCUUGAUCCCUGAGGAGUUCUUCCAGUUCCUUUAUCCUAAAACAGGAGUCACAGGGCCUUACAUGUUGGGAACUGGACUCCUGCUUUACUUUCUCUCUAAGGAAAUCUAUGUAGUUAACCAUGAGACAGUUGCAGCUGCCUGCAUAUUGUCGGUCAUCAUUUACGGCAUUAAAAAAUAUGGGGCUGAUGUAGCAGCUUUUGCUGACAAACUUAAUGAGGAGAAAAUUGCUAAAGUUACAGAUAUUAAAAAUAAUUCAAUUAAAGAUCUUGAGGCUGCCAUUGAGCAGGAGAAAAAGGAGCAGUGGAGAGCUGAAGGCCGCAGUUACCUCUUCGAUGCCAAGCGGAAUAACAUUGCGAUGCUGCUGGAAGCCAAUUACAGAGAGAGAUUAUUAACGGUGUACAAUGAAGUAAAGAAAAGGCUGGACUAUCAAGUGGCCAUGCAGAAUCUAAAGCAUCAAAAAGAACAAGAUCACAUGAUUCAGUGGGUGGAGAAGAACGUUGUUCAGAGCAUCACACCUCAACAGCAGAAGGAGAGUAUUGCAAAGUGCAUUUCGGACCUGAAAGCGUUAUCAAAGAGUGCACAGGUGGCAGUGUAACCCUGUAGCAGCUGAUUGCACUGACAUGUCUUCUGACUUUUUGUUGGAAACUCUGUGAUUCUAAAAUGUCAUUAAAACAAACCCACAAAAAACUUUCCUGUCUUUGA